AUGGGGGAUCGCACACAACGCCAGCCAUCAUGGGUGCGGGAUGCGAUGAGAAAUGUGCCCUGGAUUUUGCUGACGGCGCAGUCCACUGCAUUCGUGUUGUUGGCCCAUUACUCCCGUGUUAUGCCACCCACCGGUGGCAAGCGAUACUUGACCUCCACCGCAGUCUUUCUGAACGAGGUCGUGAAACUGGCCAUUGCUCUCACAAUGGCUCUCUACGACGUCUCGAAAACCGCGCCGCCAUCCCUCCCCGCUACCUCCCUCUUCUUCUCCCUUACAAACGCCGUGUUCUCGGGCGAUAGCUGGAAGCUGGCCGCCCCUGCCUUCCUCGGUGUCCUGUCCAAUUCUCUACAAUACAUUGCGCUGUCCAACAUGCGGGCAGCAACUUUCCAGGUCACGUUCCAGUUGCAGUUCUUUACAACGGCGGUUUUUGGUCUGAUGUUGCUAAGACGGAGCAUUGCGCCGCGCAAGUGGGGUCUGCUUCUGCUUCUGCUGGUCGGUGUCGCCUUGGUGCAAAUUCCCGAUGCCAACUCCGAGCAGAUGGCGCUUCAGGAAGAUGGCUCUUCGCUUCACUUCCCCCGUUCUCUCGCGGAAUGGAAGGCUGUGAAGGGAGGCUCUGGAAACCUGCACAAACGCUCCGCGACGUACGAGGGCAUUGAGGAGGAUAUUCAGACGAUUGAUCCGAGAUUGAAUGCCGCUGUUGGUCUUUUGGCCGUCAUUGGAGCCGCUCUUGCCUCUGGAUUCGAAGGCGUCUACUUUGAGAAAGUGCUUAAAGAUAGCUCGAGCCAUACCUCACUGUGGGUGCGCAACGUGCAGUUGGCGGUCUACUCUGUUUUCCCGGCUCUGUUCAUUGGUGUUGUAUUCCGAGAUGGUGACAACAUCGCCAAUGACGGAUUCUUCCAGGGCUACAAUUGGGCCGUCUGGUCCGCCAUUGUUGUCCAGGCCCUCGGUGGUAUUUUUUCUACCUUCUCCAUCAGUCAUGCGCAGCGAGACGUCAAGUCUCUGGCCACCACUGCUAGUAUUCUCACGAGUAUCGUGGGAAGCUUCUGGCUCUUCGACUUUGAGCUAACUGCAAGUUUCUUCCUGGGCUCGGCUGCAGUCCUGGUCGCCACUCACUACUACGGCAACCCUAGUUUCAGCCCUACCCUGGGCAAAAUUCCGCCGCCAAUCCGUGUGGACUCAUAUGAGAAGGAUGACGGUCAUGAUGGAUCGCCCAUUGUCCCCUCGUCCAACGACUUCUCUAUCAAGCUUCCAAGCAGCCCGUUCUUAUCAUCAGACGGCAUGUCAAGCUCCCGACCGUCAUCACCUAACCCGGGCCACACUCGCGUGAGCUCAAGUCGGAACGUGAGCGGGAGCAACUAUUUUGAAAAGGAGUAA